CUCACUGACAGUUCUAACAGGACAGACACACGGAGAGAGGGAAGGAGAGAAAGAGAGAGGAACAGGUAGAGAGAGAGAGAAAGUGAGAAACUAGGUGCUCUGUAGGAGAGGUUGUGAUUUGUCACAACACUCCACAAAGGACAGUAGAUCUAUCCCAAACAUCAGAGAUAGUAACAGCAAUAUACACGUUUUUGAUGAAUCCAUGUUCCUGUUGCAUUCUACCUGUUUGUUAAGUGGAUUUCUCGAGUCCUCAAACACCAGCACUGACUGAGCCCAACUACUAGGACAAAUACUACAUUCUUUGAGAGCUUGGAGAACUAUCCAAGGACUACCAGGAACACUGUCAGCCCACCCAGACCAUCAGCCAUGUUUCAGAAGCAGAGGAAAAGCGUCAAAGCCGUGAGGAGCAACAAGACAGAGGCUAAAGAGAAGGUCCUUUGUAACAAAGCUCAGCAGACGAUAGCUCAGCGAUGUGGAGACCCGAAAGAGCGAGGGAAGGAGGAGAACAUCAAGGAGAACAAGGAGAACCAGCUGAGGUCUCGUGGUGAUGCGGUGGAGGACGUUGAAGAGGUGAAGCCGGCGAGGAAGAGUGUGUUUGACAAAGCUGUCUAUGACCUGGCCCACACGGAGAGGGUGAUGAAUGACCUGACGUUCGGACGGAGGGUGGCCUUCUACGAGCUGAGAGGGGAGAUCGGCUGUGGAAACUUCUCCCAGGUGAAACUGGGCAUUCAUGACCUGACUAAAGAGAGAGUGGCAGUUAAGAUCCUGGAUAAAGGCAAACUGGACAAGAGGUCCCACGUGCUGUUUGCCUCAGAGAUAGGGUGCAUGGAGAGGCUGUCCCACCCCAACAUAGUGCGUCUGUACGAGGUGGUGGAGACGUUUAAGCGGCUGUACCUGGUGAUGGAGUACGCCAGUGGAGGAGAUCUGUUCUCACGCAUUACCACCAGGGGUAGACUCUCAGAUCUGGAAAGCAAACUUAUAUUUUCCCAAAUUCUGGCUGCAGUUAAACACAUGCAUGAUAACAACAUAGUCCACCGGGACCUGAAGGCAGAGAACGUUUUCUACACCACCACAUACUGCGUCAAGGUGGGCGACUUCGGCUUCAGCACCUCCUCGCGCCCAGAUGACGUCCUCACCAGCUUCUGUGGUUCCACGCCCUACGUCGCCCCAGAGCUCUUCAAGGACAAAGGCUACGUGGGCCAGUCCGCUGACGUCUGGGCCCUUGGUGUACUACUCUACUUCAUGACUACUGCCAUGUUGCCCUUCAACGCUGCCAACCUCAGCCGGCUGAAGGUCUGCAUCCUUCAGGGCUCCUUCACCAUCCCAGCCUACGUGCCCGACCCCUGCCACCAGGUCAUCCAGGACAUCCUGAGACCCGUGCCCGCCGACCGCCUCUCCGUGGCUCAUAUCAUGACCUACACCUGGCUGAAGGGCAUUGAUUACCCCCAGGCAUACCCCUCCUCCCGCCCGACCCCAGCCCACCUGGUCGAGCCCUCCCGGGUCCUGGGUACAGAUGAGCUGGAUGUCAAGGCAGCUCUGGCGGACCUGGGGAUAACAGAGAGCCACCUGGUGGACAACACCUGCCCAGACUUGAGGAGCCCUGUGACGGGUACCUAUAGGAUCCUGCUGCACCGCAUCCAUAAGAGGAAGACAGUGGAGGCGGUGGGGUACAGCGCUGCGUGUCACAAAGACUUCCAGGUCAAGAGACGCUGGAGCGAGGGUACCUUACCUCUGUUGAGGCCUUCUGCUGUGUGUGUAAUCAUGUAGAGGGGAAGGAGUCUAGCAAGUCAGACCGGGAGGAGCCAGUCAGACGGGGAGGAGUCUAGCCAGUCAGACGGGGAGAAGUCUAGCCAGUCAGAUGGGGAGGAGUCUAGCAAGUCAGACGGGGAGGAGUCUAGCCAGUCAGACAGGGAGGAGUCUAGCCAGUCAGACAGGGAGGAGACUAGCCUGUCAGACGGGGAAGAGUCUAACCUGUCAGACGGGGAGGAAUCUAGCCUGUCAGACGGGGAGGAGUCUAGCUUGUCAGACGGGGAGGAGUCUAGCUUGUCAGACGGGGAGGAGUCUACCCUGUCAGAUGGGGAGGAGUCUAGCCAGUCAGACGGGGAGGAGUCUAGCCAGUCAGACGGGGAGGAGUCUAGCCAGUCAGAUGGGGUGGAGCCUAGCCAGUCAGACGGGGAGGAGUCUAGCCUGUCAGAUGGGGAGGAGUCUAGCCUGUCAGAUGGGGAGGAGUCUAACCUGUCAGACGGGGAGGAGUCUAGCCAGUCAGACAGGGAGGAGUCUAGCCUAUCAGACGGGGAGGAGUCUAGCCAGUCAGACGGGGAGGAGUCUAACCAGUCAGACGGGGAGGAGUCUAGCCUAUCAGACGGGGAGGAGUAUUGCCAGUCAGACGGGGAGGAGUCUAACCAGUCAGACGGGGAGGAGUCUAGCCAGUCAGACGGGGAGGAGUCUAGCCAGUCAGACGGGGAGGAGUCUAGCCUAUCAGACGGGGAGGAGUCUAGCCAGUCAGACGGGGAGGAGUCUAGCCUAUCAGACGGGGAGGAGUCUAGCCAGUCAGACGGGGAGGAGUCUAACCUGUCAGACAGGGAGGAGUCUAGUCCUCAUCAGACUCACUGCUAGGACAACUGUAUAAAUAUCUGUGUGUCUUAUGAUAAGGAGCGGUAUUCAGCAGAAGAAGGACCUUGAAGCGAAUGACACUUUUAACAACGCAAGAGACUAAAUUAAAUGAACGAUAAUGAGAUGUACAUAACAGUUUUUACUGGGUUCUCUCUGGUAAUGUCUUGGGAGCUACUUCAACAACAUGAGGUUGUACAAUCACUAAUAUACUUGAGACUCAUUCAUGGAAGUUUUCUUUCUUCUGAGAAAGAAAGAGGACAUCGCAACGACAAAGGAUUCUUUGCCUUCAAAAAAUAUUUCCAUGUUUUUAUAUUUGGAGUAUUGUGAUUUAGUUUAGUUUGACACAACCCACAUGAAACAUAGUCAGUUGUAGGGUUACUUAUACUGUGAACAUUUUUACUGUGUAAACUAAACAAUCAGACAGUAUUCUUAUCUAAUAUAUAUAUUUUUUGUCAUACAUCCUUGUUUUUGUCAUAUAAUCAAUUGUAUUAUAUAUUUUGUGAUUUGCAUCAUGUUUUUCACUGUCACUGUCACAUUAAAAUGUUGUGUAGAUAACGA